GGCGGUUUCGUCCUUGACGCCUUCCACCACCGGCCAGCGUCUCCUCGCCAGACCCCCUUCUUUCUUCACAACCACCAUCGUCUAACAUUCUCGACUGUGUUGAGGGUCGUACCAGUCAGGAUUCCGCUUUAUCUCCCGAAUUUUGACUCGGAGAUCUUGCUACAAUGGCUUCAUCAAAUGCGACCAGCAACCAUGAGAGGAACAUUAGGAUCACAGUACUGGCUGCGAAUGAUCUCGUCAAGCGUGAUCUCUUUUCUCUCCCGAACCCGUUCACCACCAUAUCGGUGGACGAUGUACAUAUGCAGCAGACCUCAGUACUGAAGAAGACUUUGUCUCCGUACUGGAAUGAGACGUUCGACGUUGCUGUGCGACCGUCAUCGACCCUUUCCCUCCAGAUUUUCGACCAUCGCAAGUUCUCCCGAGUAGACCGAGGUUUCCUAGGUGCUGUACAAGUCCAAGUCGAAGACAUACUUAACAGUAGCAAUGUGCAGCAGACUAUGAACCUCAAGCCCGGACCAGGCGACCAAUUUGUCUCUGGAAAAGUCAUGUUUUCGAUUGCCGCGGACGCCCCAUCCAUCCCUUCCGCACCUCGUGCACCGCACCAUCAAGCCCUCGACGCUAACUUAUCACGAUCUGUAUCGGAUUUACGUCUACUCGCACGGUCAUCCGCGACCGACUCUAACUCACCAUCCACGUCGUCCCAACUCGGCAGAAGCGCUACCGCCCGCCCAUCGCCGGCUGAUCCUCAUCAGAAACCGACACCAUCGCUCUCCUUCCUCUCACCCACGUUGCAACCCACCUCCACCUCUUCAUCUCGUCUUUCAUCGUCCCGUUCGCAUUCGAAUCUUAGGAUUAGGCCAAGUACGGCGGACUCUGCCAUCCCAUCAUUGCGAUCCGCGCCUGGAAUGUCUACCCCCACUUCUGCCCGUGAUCGUAUCUCGAUGCCCAUCCCAUCUCCUGCCCUGCCACCUACCGCCCCCACACCUGCUCCAGAGCAGACUACGACGACUUCCCAGGCACAAGCUGAGGUCGAAGACGCCUUACCUCAGGGAUGGGAGCGUCGCUCCGACGCUCGCGGGAGGACGUACUAUGUCAACCAUAACGAGCGCACAACGACGUGGAACCGCCCGUUGUUCACCUCCAACGCAGGCGCCCAAGCAGUCGUUACCCCAGCUUCAGGCUCAGGACCAUCUAGGACAUCAUCGCAGCAACGUCGUGCGCAACCUCCACAAUCUCAGCCCCAGCCUCAGCAACCACACCAGAGCGACAGUCGAUACGUCGACGUCCCUCUUCCUCUGGGCUGGGAAGAGCGUCGUGCGCCCGAUGGUCGUCCAUAUUUCGUCGAUCAUCAUUCGCGCACUACGACAUGGGAAGACCCGCGUCGACCCGUGUUUUCUGCCUCUUCCGCCGCUAGUGCCAGUGCCGUCCCCGGCGACGGCAGCUCUCCUCACCCAUCAGCGGAAGCCCUCGCUACCACACGCGCGGCCCUCGGUCCAUUGCCUAGUGGUUGGGAGAUGCGGAUGACGAGCACGCAGAGGGUGUACUUCGUCGAUCAUAACACGAAGACGACGACGUGGGACGAUCCGAGGUUGCCUUCUGAGGUCGAGGAAGGAGCGCCGAAGUAUAAGAGGGAUUAUAGAAGGAAGGUCGUUUAUUUCAGGAGUCAGCCGGAUAUGAGGAUUAUGGAUGGGACCGCGCCGGGUGCGAGCGGCGGGAAGGCGGAGAUCAGGUUGAGGAGGGGGAUGGUGUUUGAGGAUUCGUUUAGGGCGGUUAUGAGGUUGAAGAAGGAGGAUUUGAGGAAGAGGCUGGUCGUUAGGUUUGAGGGUGAGGAUGGAUUGGAUUAUGGAGGUGUUUCGAGGGAAUGGUUCUUCCUCCUCUCGCACGAGAUGUUUAACCCGUCCUACGGCCUCUUCGAAUACUCCGCCCACGACAACUACACGCUCCAGAUCAAUCCCUUCUCCGGUAUCAACCCCGAACAUCUCGACUACUUCAAGUUCAUUGGUCGGUGUCUUGGGUUGGCGGUGUUCCACCAUCGGUUCUUGGAUGCGUAUUUCGUGCCGAGCUUCUAUAAAAUGAUUUUGGGCAAGAAAGUGACGAUGAAGGAUUUGGAGGCGGUGGAUUAUGAGCUCUGGAGAGGUUUGAGCUGGAUGUUGGACAACGAUAUCACCGACGUCCUCGACGAAACAUUCUCCACCACCGAAGACAACUUCGGCCAACUGCUCACCAUCCCCCUCAGGCCCAACGGAGAAGACAUCCCCGUCACCGAGGUCAACAAGGCAGAGUACGUCGAGUUGCUGGUCGAUUAUAGGAUCAGGAGGAGGGUGGAGGAGCAGUUCGCUGCGUUCAUGGAGGGAUUCGGCGAGGUUGUGCCGUUGGAGCUUAUCAAGGUGUUUGAUGAGAAUGAGGUAGAGCUGUUGAUCGGGGGAAUGUCAGAGAUCGAUAUGGACGACUGGACGAAGUUCACGGACUAUCGCGGCUACGCCAAGACCGACCAAGUCAUUUCCUGGUUCUGGGAGAUCCUCCGUUCCUGGCCAACAGAGCGCAAAGCUCGUCUCCUCCAGUUCACGACCGGUACCUCGCGUGUGCCCGUCAAUGGGUUCAAGGACCUGCAAGGCAGCGAUGGACCGAGGAGGUUCACGAUUGAAAAAAGCGGAGAUGUGAAUGGGUUGCCGAGGAGCCAUACGUGCUUCAAUAGGUUGGAUUUGCCGGAGUAUAAGGAGAAGGAGAAGUUGGAGGAGAGGCUGAGGUUCGCGAUCGAGGAGACUGAAGGGUUCGGUGUCGAGUAGGUGCCGCCGCCACGGCAAUUCUCCUUCGGCUCAAUUAUCACAUACACGCUCUAUCCGGUUCUGUUCCCUGCAUUCUCUCCCUCUAAGGCUUUGUACUCCAUAAUAAUACCUCCGAUCUCCUUGGCUGUCUCUAUAGAACUCUGUCUCCACCAUCUAUCUUCUUUGUAUCAUACACCCGUCGUUCCCUCAUUAUGGUCCCUUUCGUCUAAGGACAAUUAUAUCAGUCCCCUUUCGUCUUUAUACUCGUGCUGGUAUUUGCUUUAUUACAAUCCAUUUUAAUUAUCUCUUUAUCCUGCUUCAGUCUUCGCUCCAGGUCGGCGCCUUCGCCCCUUUUAUCCUACUUGUUUCACGAUCUGCUGCUCUGUAGCCCGGCUCCCUUUGAAAGGCCCCUUUCUUUUAUUCCUUUGCGCGCCUGCUACAGGUUGC